AUGGGCAAAGAAAAGAAAGCACACAAAGGAGAGAAACGGAAAAGGUCGGAUGAAUCUCAGAUUGAAUCUCCAACGGUAGGACUGAAGUUAGUGGGCAAAAGCAAAGAUGCAGAAUUGGAUGAUAUAUUCAACAAAAGUGUAUGUUCUUACUUGAAAGGUGGUUUUCAACUGACACAUCAGGCUACCUUGAAUCAAACUUCUACGGUGUCUGCGAUUGCGGGUCCAUCAACUUUCCUCGAGGUAUCCUCCAAUUCUGAGUUGGUAAAAGACACACAAGGGUCCGGGAAGAAACCCAAGAAAUCUGUCCGGGUUCAGGAGGUGGAAGAGGACGAUGAACCGGUUAUCGGGCCAGUUGAAGGUGGACCUUCUGGAACACCUAUUUCUGAGAAGGACGACAGUCAAGUGGAUAUCUCGGAUCAGGAGGAUCUGAUCCACGAGACACUACGCUCUGGGCCGUCCAAAAAGAAGGUCAAGGGUAAGAAAUACGUACCGUCUGAUGAGACGCCUGGGGAUAGAGAUAGAAGGACUAUAUUCGUUGGAAACGUUCCUCUCGAAUGUGCCAAAGUCAAGUCGGCUUUGACUAAACUCCGAGCUCAUAUCCUCUCAUACGCCCCUUCAGCCAAAAUUGAAUCUGUACGAUUUCGUUCUGUCCCCUUUGCCACGCCGACGUCUAUCCUUCCAUCUGAUAAUCCGGAAAAAGACGAGACUCGUCGUCUCAAACGUGAAAAAGAACGGGCAGCUACAUGGCGGGAACAAAUCGACCAUGAUCCCAAGUCCAAGUCUAAGACAAAAUCUCGCGAUGAUGAGGAAGUCGUAGACACCUCUAAAGUCUACAUCGAUGCGAAAGGUAAACGCAAAGUGGCCUUCAUCAAGAAAGAUUUUCAUGAUCAAGCUGCUACUUGUAAUGCUUAUAUCGUGUUUGAACAUCCCCCUCCAGAUAGGUCCAAAAACUUGCCUCCUCUUAUGAACCCAUACGAAGCGGCUAAUCUUGCUCUUAAAGCAGAUGGGUCGGAAGUCAUGGGAAGAAGUAUCAGAGUCGACGUGGUCCGAGCUUCUGGUAGGAAAGGUGAUGACGCGGAUGGGACUUCGAAGAAACGGGACGGGUGGUUACCAAGUGGAACCGAUCCAAAAAGGAGUUUGUUCGUGGGUGGUUUGGACUAUGCGGCCAAGGAAGAAGACGUCAGAGUAUUCUUUGAGGAAUUGGUGAAGAAGGAAAGAGGGGAUUCGCCGGAUGGAAGAUGGGUUACUGGGGUGAGGAUUGUAAGGGAUAAAGAGACCCAAUUGGGCAAAGGAUUUGGAUACGUGCAUUUCACGGAUCGAGAAAGUGUGGACGAAAUUAUUGCUCUCAACUCUACGAAAUUGAAACUUGCCAAACGCGAUAUCAGGGUUCAACAAUGUAAAACUCUACCAUCUGCCACCGUGAAACCUUCUCCUAUCACCAACCUCAAAUCAUCAGACAAGACAAAACCGAAAACUACCUCUGCACGAUCAAUAAUCACAACGAUACCUAAAGGCAAUCCUGCUCUUGGUGAGAAACUCAAGGAUUUGUCUAAAGAAGAACGAAAGAUGGCCAAGUCUACCGAUGCGGACAGACAAGCUCGUCGAUUGGCGAAGAAGAAAUUGCGACAUGGAAUGGCAAGGAAUGAGGAGAAAGGUUCUGUCAAGUUGAACCCGACUUCGGCUGAGAGGGCGAGUAAGAGGGCCAAAGUCAUUUCCAAAAAGGGUAGAGUGAGGAGUGAAAAAGCUGUAGCGAGGAUGAAAGGUCAAAGGGAUUGA